AUUAGGUAUAACUCUAGGUUAGGCCAACACAACUUCAUUAGUAUGCCAGCAUACUAUUCCCGUGUUAAGAAUAUUCGACAUGGUAGAAAAACACAUCAGAAGAUAUCUAAGUUUUCAACGGAUGAAGAGAUAAAGUAGAAGAAAAAAAGCGAAACCAAGAGGAUUGAGAUUACUAACCCCUCUAAGAUGAAAUCUAAGGUGAGAUAUAUUGCGUCGCAUAAUUGUAACUACUCUGGUAUCUACCUGACCUUAGAUAGAUAUUCAUAAUGGUCUCUUCGUUUCCGCAGUUUCGCCUCCUCCCCGCCGAGCUUCGUUAUAAGAUAUGGCGUCUUGCUAUACCGCAUCGCUUUGUCCCAGCGAGGUUAAAGUUAGACCUGGAUGCUUGGAAUGCCGCAACAGAAUCAGAUUGGGUGCAGGUUCACUACCGCAUCAUCUAUGACGAAAGAAUGCCGCCUCUCCCUCGUCUAGCCCUGGUUAACCACGAGGCGCGGCAAGAGAUAAUAAAGAGCUAUAAACCGCUUCAGAUUAGUAGGGAUACCGUAAGACGGUCCUUAGGAACCCAAUCGGUGGAUGAAAUGGCUCUCGGUAUUAUGUGUAGCAGCUCUAGAAUCACGCAGUUCAACGUGGAGAGCGACGUGCUCGAAUGGGCGGAACCACGACGUUGGAGUACCGGUACUCGAGAGCUACCGUAUCCAAUUUUUCUAGCAGCUUGCUUGUCAGUGAGACAUGUCAGCAUAGAAUACGACCUCUCGAUGCAUACGCAGCUGGAGACUCUGGCUUUGGCUGUUCUGGACCAAGACCAACAACUUGAGACGCUAACCAUUGGUCUCAACGUCGAGUUACGCUCUGGGAAAUUGGACUCCCAGUUUCGACUGGCGAGAAGUCCACCAGGUCUUAGCUUAUUCUUCCUCGACAAAUUCGUAGAGUGGAAGGAUGUUGAUGACAUCCUAUCGCAAUAUUCGACUUGUCUCCUCUACAGAACCAGCCCGGACGACUCCAUACAAGGCUUACAUCCUCUGAUCAACGAGACCCUAACAAAAGGAUACUCGCCCGCUCAAAUGCCCCUAGCGCCCGGAACACGCCUAGACACGCGAUUCUCCAUCUACGAAGUACUCCGGCCAGGAAAACUAAAAGAUGAAGGAUCCUCACUCUCGCUAGACUGGGCCUACCAGCAAGGGUCGAAAGUGUUCAUCUCGGACCGCUUUGAUAACAGACACUUCUGGUAUUACGAAGGUAUACAGGUGGAUAUUCUCCUAUGGCUCCAACGGCUGAGAGAUGUCAAUGAUGGUCAUAACUUAAUGAUUCCUUGCCAUGGGUUUUGCGUGCCUGAUUAUGGGCUGCCAUAGCCUUACGAAUUAUAGAUAGAGUUCUUAUAUUCCGUACAGGUAUGUAAAUGAGUAUCGCUUAAGGUAGUUGCAUCGUUUUUGAAUGUUGGGAAC